CUCGCUGCCCACUGCUACUCAUCUUUAGCCAAAACAACACUACCGGCUACCGCGGCGGACGACGUGGCCAUGAUUUCCCAAGCCAACAAUAUCCACUUGAGCCACUUUCCUUGUCCAGAAGCAGAACCAUCCACUGAUCCAACCUGAAAAGCGCGCUAUUUUUAUACCGCUACCACCAGCUGGUCAGGGUCAGCAAGGCAUCCGCCGCCUAGUUCUCCCCUCCGUCGCAACCCCCAGGACCCCUCUCCAAGCAACUACAAGUCUCACCUCCACGGCUCUGCUCCACCCCUCUUCCUCUUGAUUCGACCACCCCCAGCACCAUGCAUGGUCUUGGCCCUUGGGGCUAGACUCCAGCAAGUCGGUUGAAUUGAGGAAGAACCAGCCGACCGGCGGUUGCCCAACUGUGGCCAACCGGAUUAGAGUAGAGAGGCCUCUCCGCUCUCCAGGCAUUGGAGGCGUAAUCCGAGCAAGGUAUAGGUACCCAACUCCGCCCACGCAUUGCGCGCGUCGAAAUCUUGCAAUUUGGAUGGGGGUGGGGGCGUCGACGAGCGUGGUGGCGCCGGAGGGGUACGGCCGCGGCCGGGGGUGGGGGCAGACGUCGCUGGGCGACAUGCCCGAGAGCUGCGUCGCGGCGGUGCUGCUCUACCUCGACCCGGCUGAGAUCUGCCAGGUGGCCUGCCUCAACCGGGCGUUCCGGGGCGCGGCCUCUGCCGACUGCAUCUGGGCCGCCAAGUUGCCCGCCAACUACAGGUACCUCGCCGCACUCGCGGCCGCGGCCGACGACGACGACGACUGCGGUUGCGGUGGCGCGGCCGAAGGCGAUGAUGGCAGGUGCUGCUCCUCCGCGGCGAUCAAGAAGGAGAUAUACGCGCGCCUCUGCCGGCCUACUCCGUUCGACGGUGGCACCAAGGAAUUUUGGAUCGAGAAGAACAAGGGAGGUUUCUGCAUGUCCAUUUCCUCAAAGGCUAUGUCAAUCACAGGGCGAGACGAUAGGAGGUAUUGGAGCCACCUAUCCACAGAGGAAUCAAGAUUUCACAGCGUUGCCUAUCUCCAGCAGAUUUGGUGGCUUGAGGUAGGUGGGGAGAUUGAUUUCUGCUUUCCUGCUGGUUCAUACAGCCUAUUCUUCCGGCUCCAUUUGGGCAGACCGCACAAGCGGAUGGGCCGCCGAGGCCAUGGAUCUGAGAAUAUCCACGGUUGGGACAUCAGACCGACACGGUUCCAGCUCUCAACUUCAGAUGAUCAGCACACUGUAUCUGAGUCUUAUCUAAUUAACCCUGGAAGAUGGAUCCUUUACCACGUCGGUGAUUUCGUCAUAUCGAGUUCUGACGAGGUGACAGAACUCAAGUUCUCUAUGAUGCAGAUUGAUUGUACGCAUACAAAAGGCGGCCUGUGUGUUGAUUCAGUCUAUAUAUACCCCAAAGAUCUUGAAUUUGAGGAGGACUGCGUAUUCUGCCAGCAAAUUUUGUAGGGGUGCUUGAAUUCGUUGGCUAGCCUAUUUCUUCUUCUCGGGUCAUUCUUGUCCAAAAGGGUAGCGUGCAUAUUCGUUUUCUCAGAGUUUUGCAUGAACAAUUUAUUUAUUUUUGUAAGGGCUUAUUCUGUAUUUACAUUUUGUAGUCUUAAGUCAAAUAAGUAGGGAGGUCAGGAUGUAGAUGUAGGUAUAGCGAUGUAUGAUUGGAGCGCUUGACACGCGAGUGUAGAAACAGAUGCUUCAUUAUAUGUAUAGAGAUCUUGUGUUUAUACAUUAUUGGAGACGUGCUUCCAGAAAGUUUCACUUAA